CGCUUUUUCCAAAUCCAGAAAUACAGAUAAGAAAGAUUGCUUGUGCACGAAGGCAUCGCGAAUGCUCGCUUCGAUGCGCACAAGAUGGUCGGUUGUAGAUCGCCCUUCCCGAAAACCACAUUGAAAUGGGUCAAGCAUUUUACUGGACUCUAGGAGAUGCACGAGACUGCGAUUGAUCAUUUUUUCAAAUACCUGACAAAGGCAACUUGUCAGGGCUAUCGGGCGGUAACUUGCCACUGAGGAAGGAUCUUUGCCUUGUUUCAAAACCGGGAUCACAAUGGCUUCUUUCCAUGCAGUCGGGAAGUAUCCCGCAGCCCAAAUCGUGUUGAAAAGUGUGACUAGUGUAACUUGGGUGUCUUUAUGUAAGUUUUUGAUCAUUUCAUACAUGAUUCUGUCAGAUCCCGGUGCAGAGCUCUUGCAUGCGCUCAAGGCAGCUCUCAACUCGGCAAUGCUAAAAGGACAGUUGUAUGGUUCAUUCUGUUGACAUUUUCUCAUGAGUGGCUUACAUUCUUCUAUUUGUUUAUAUUUCAGAAAGGAUUGCGAGUAAUGGUUGGCAAUUGACACGCUCUCAAAGUGAUGAGGGAGAGGAGGAGGAUGAUGAUGAAAUGUCGUUGUUGAGACAGAUAGAACUGCCGCAACAUGCACAUCUCUUGUUCAAACACAGACGGCUCUUUGUCGACGACAUGUAUUCGCAAGUCAAGCAAAUGCUCGUGAGCAGGUUUGCCACGUUGAACGUGCACACUUUCAUGAAAAUGGCGGGCGUGGUGAAAGACAGCGUGGUCGUGCUCACGGACGAAUACGACGUCAGUACGGACGAAGAAGACCCGGACGAGAUUCAACGCGCUGUGUGUGGCUACAACUUGGGAAAGCGACGGAUCCGAGAAGAAGUCGACACAACAAAAGAAGGCAAGGAGCGACUACGCCAGAGCCACAAAUAUUUUGGACUUGAACGAGGACUGUUGGUUUGAAAUAUUGAAAUACGUGAGUCCGGCAGAUGUCAAACAGCCGUGUGUCGGUGGUGGGGUGUAAAAAAAUUUAAAAAAAAACGCCAUUACCACACUUCUUUUUGUUGAGUUUUCGCUUGUUCCACUCACCUUCUUCAUUUGCACAUCCGCCUCCAUAUUAUUUUGCAAAAAAAUUAGAGAGAGAGAGAUAGAGGUCGAAUGAAUGGCAGCACACUGUGUAGCAAAACUGUGUUACUAUUGCUGCGGCAAAGAAGCCGCCGCAGCAGCCCCUCCCGUAACGGACCCGUUGAAAAACUCGGAAAAGGCGAGGACGUUCGUCGACAACUGGCCGCAUCCGGCUCCGCCGCCAUUGGAACUCGCAAGGGCAGGAUUUUAUUACGUGACGAACCAGGAACCAGGUGGAGACACGGUUCGCUGCCCUUUCUGCUCGAUAUCCUUUUCCAACUGGAAAGUCGGCGACAUUCCGGUGCGAAGACACAUUGACAAGAAUUGCUUCUGUCCGUACAUAAAUACACCCGACACGGGCGACACCGAUUAUCCGAGGCUGCAUUGGAAAAUCGCGGGUUCACAGCCCUGCUGCUUCCGCCACAGCGACGUCGAGCCACCGCCGCGCAGGUUCUCCAUGGCGACGAUGCACGCCCGACUGCAAACCUUCGUCAAGUGGAGGGGAAACGCCGAGUUCGGAGUCAGAUUGGCCAAGGCCGGAUUUUACUAUUCCGGUGACAAAGACCACACCAUAUGCUUUUAUUAUCGAGCACGACCGCGAAUUUCCACAUUGUUAUCUCGCCCGACACAGGCGCCAGCAACGUCGCUCGGAGCCGUGGUUGAAAGAGUACGAAGAGGGGAUGAAAGAACGCGACAAAGAAGAAGUAAAAACCGAGGAGGUGCAAACGAAGACGACGGUCGACGAGGGGACAGACAUCUGUGUAAAGUGUGCUAUGCGUCAGAGGUUUCCAUUGCAUUCGUACCGUGCGGGCACGCAUUACUCUGUGUAGACUGCUCGGCAGACAUCGUAAACCGAUGCACCGUGUGUCGUGACUUCAUAUCGACUAAAAUGAAAAUCUACCUCUCCUAUACAACAGACAUACACACAAAAAUAAUAAAAAAUGAUGAGACAACAAUUUUCCCCCUCAUUUCAUUUCAUUUAUUCACACACACAUGUAUUAUUAUAUAUAGAUGGAAUAGGAUGAGGAAUUAAUACACAUGAAAUUAGAAAAAAAAUAAAAAAAAGUCAUCCGCGCACGGUAGGAACCGGCACGAAUAGGUCGUCCCGCGAGCACAUUUCUCCGGACGGCCACUCUGACUUUUUGCCGCCGACGUCAGGAUGCACGUCGUACAGCUUGAGAAACUGCAUCACGUGCAACCACGUUUGCUCGUUUAGUGCGGUGAUGUGAACUUCGUCGGAUGUCGGUUCCACGUUGUUUCGCACCACGCCCGCGCUCCGCAUGAAUCCGUCAAUGGAGUAUUUUGCGAUGCG